AUGAAGGCAAGAUGCUAUGGCCUCUAGGCAUCGGUCGGUCACUCGAUUUAUCAACUGUGUCAUCCCGGAUUCUUGUGGUUGGUCGAUUCCACAAGUCAUCGGACAUGGUGGAAAACUCCGCAGAAACUUCAGCUCGACUGUCAAGCCACAAACGUAGCCUAUCUAAUACAUCUGAAGAUGAUUCGGGUCGUGCUUCAAAGAAGACUGCACCUAUAUUUCAAAACAUGAAGGCCGGUCUAAAAUUGAAAUGGUUGGAGCCCAUUGAGGAUACUUGUUUGCACGGCAUGUGCGGUGAUCCGAGUCCGAGCUCAAAGAUCGCAGCUUUUGAUAUCGAUGGAACGUUGAUUAGAGUCAAAUCUGGCAAGAAAUUUCCGGCCAAUGCAGAUGAUUGGAAGCUGUGGGCCGGCAAUGUGCCCAAGAAACUUCAGGAAGCUCACGCGAAUGGAUUUGCGAUCGUCUUGCUGAGUAACCAGAACUUUAAAGCGCCCAAAUACCGUAAGGACUUCGAAUCGAAAUUGAUCCAACUUGCUAGAACGCUUAGCGUCCCAUUGCGGGUCUUUGCUGCUCGUGAAAAAGACAAGUUUCGAAAGCCACUCACUGGGAUGUGGGAUGAGUUCGUGGCAAAUUGGAAUGGGGGGAUCAAGCCGAACCUCAGUGAUUCAUUCUUUGUUGGCGAUGCUGCUGGCCGACCAGCGACAGACUCAUCCCCAAAAGACUGGAACGAUACCGACCGUAAAUUGGCAUUGAACGUCGGUGUUCCAUUCUUCACACCCGAAGAAUGGUUUGGCGGGAAACCAAAGAGAAAAGACUUCGUUCUCAGCGGAUUUGACCCGCUGAAGUUUGACCAUGAUCAACCGAUAUGGCAUCCAUCUACCACUCCACUGGCGUUAGGACCCCUUUUAGAAAGUGGUGUUACACCGAAGCAUUCGCCUUGUGAAAUAGUUUUGUUUGUUGGCCCACCUGGCGUUGGUAAAACUACUUGCUUUGAGAAUUAUUUCAUGCCUCGCGGAUAUCGACAUGUGAAUCAAGACACUCUCAAGAGUUUUGGUGACUGCCUCAAAGCGACUAUUGAAUCAAUUAGUUCUGGUCGAUCGUGUGUUGUUGACAACACUAAUCCAAGCAAGCAAACUCGCUCAAGCUACAUCUUGACCGCCCAAAAGCUACGCUGUCCGAUCCGAUGUGUAUUCUUCACCGCACCAAUCGAAUUAGCGCAACAUAACAACGUAUAUCGCGCGUGUAUUAAAGCUUCUAGACCGCUAUUGCCCAUCCUGGCUUUCGCGAGUUAUGCCAAGAACCUCGAAGAGCCUUCGGUCGACGAAGGCUUCGAUGAACUCAAAAAAGUUCAUUUCGUGUUCGAAGGCUCGGCGGAGGAACGUGCAUCUUGGGAUAAGUACUUACUAUGAUCUACUAUAUUCAGUCGCCCGAAACAGAUUUCGCCUGCAAGUCGGCGAAAGGUUUUUUCUUUUCUUUGCUUAUUCCAAAAUCAGAACCUCCAGCCUUUUUUUUCGUCUCUACUUUUUUG